GCCGAUGGCCAGGCUAUGGAGUAUGGUUCUGUACUUACUACUUGUGAUUGUGUCAAUACUUCGUGAAAAUUGAGAAUAUCGAUAUUUGUAUAUAUUGUUUCAAUUUCCAUAUCAAUAUUCUAUAAAACAGAAAUCAUAUUUUAUUAUUUCCCUAACUGUGAAUACUAAUUAAGAAAAAAUGCAUGCAAGGCGAAGAGGACCGAAUUUUACGUAUGUCAGUGGAUGUGUAAAAUACAUGAUUUUUGUAUUAAACUUUAUAUUUUGGCUUUUAGGAGGUUUAGUAGUUGCUGUUGGACUCUAUGCAUUUAUAGAUAAGUGGCAGGCAACUGGACUUAUAAAGUUGGAUACUCUUUAUGACUUAAUAUUAAAUAUUAGUCUCUUGAUUGCGUUGAUGGGAGGUGUGGUGUUCAUUGUCAGUUUUGCUGGCUGCAUUGGAGCUUUGAGAGAAAAUACCUGCUUGCUAAAGUUUUACUCCCUUUGCCUACUGAUACUAUUCCUAGUGGAAAUGGGAGGAGCAGUGUGUGGCUUUGUGUUUCCAAGAUCCCUUCACGGCUUUAUCGAGCAAAGCUUCACAGAGAGAGUUGUGCACUCAUAUAGAGAGGACCCUGAUUUGCAGAAUUUCAUAGAUUUUGCACAGAGUGAUUUUCAUUGCUGCGGUCUCACAUCAGACGGUUACAUGGACUGGUCAAAGAAUGAAUACUUCAACUGUACUUCCCCAUCAGUAGAAAAAUGUGGUGUACCUUACUCAUGCUGUAUCAACCCAACGGAUAUAAGUUCAGGGCUAGUGAACAUCAUGUGUGGGUAUGGGGUCCAAAACUAUCCGGUGGCAGAAGCGAGCAAGCGAGUAUGGACAAGUGGGUGUAUAGAAAUCGUUCGACUAUGGGGCGAACGGCAUCUCUACACUAUAGCCUCCGUAGCACUUGGGGUUGCAUUAUCACAACUAUUUGUUAUAUACCUCGCUAAGACCCUCGAGGGACAGAUUGAGUUGCAAAAAGCCAGGUACAGAUGGCAAACAUGAAACCGGGGCUCGGCAGGCGCGUACAGGGAUGAAUGUAGACGCGCGCUGCUGUAGCGACCGGAAUCGAACCCGGAGCCUGCCAUUCACAUCUAGUGCCAUAUGGAUCCGGUUUUAAGUGUUAAAGUGUGAACAAAGUGUAAAGUGAAUAGUGACUUAUUGAAAUGGUGACAUCAUGGAAUGGUAAGGAAGUAAUAUGGUCACAUUGACACCAAAUUUAUAUGGGCCACAUAUAACAUCUACUAAAAUAAGUAAAUAUUUCCUUCAGUGUACUAAAACAAAUAAUUAUCAGGCUUGACAUUUAGUAAAAAAAAAUAUGUCUCAUUGCUUGUGUAACAUUCGUUUCUUAUCUACUAAUGACGUAUUUAAUACAAAUAAUUAUUUGAACCACCAAUAUUUUUAUGUAUUCAUAAUAUUUGUGUUAAAAAUUUGUAUCGGAAAACAAGACCAGUGCUCUGUGCCAUCGUGGAUAGAAAAAAUAAUAUAAGUUUAUCUGUGCAAUCACAUAUAUCAAGAUUAACUGGUUUCUGAAAUUUAGAUAAACAUUGGGAAAACAUGCAAUAAUAUUGGUAAUUCAAACAGUCUUCACAUGUAUGUCAAUUGUCAAUGUCAUUUGUAAUGACUUGACUUUUGUGUUUUUUUUUUAAAUUAAAAAUGUCAAGAAUUGUUUAUUCGCAAAUAGGUACACAGUACCGGUUUCGAAAAAAGUUAUCAUAUAUACAAUUUUAUAUUGUAAGUGAAUAUGUUUACCACAAUGUGAAUAUGUUUUGUCUUCUUCUUACCCUCUCUACGCCCUUGACUUGCGAACUGGUUGUAAAUGUAUUGGUUUUUUGGCGUUCAACAAACAAAUACAAAAAGAGAUAAACAUUAAGACGUUUGACUUUUUAUUAAAAGUUAGUUGGACACCAAAACGUAAUGAAAUAUUUUAUUUAAUUAAAAUUUCUUUCAUUUAGAUUUUAGAUCUUCAAAAUACUUUUAGUUAGAAACCUUCUGCAUAGAUGGCGUUGUAACCAGUAUAAGACAUUUACAAUUAUGUAGAUUAUAAGUAUAUGAUAUGCUAAUAUAACUUUUCGUGCAUUUAUAGUAGGAAUAAUAUGUAUAUAUAUAUGUGUUACUGGAAAUGAAAUCUCAUUUUUAAAAAGGGGCUUUUAUACUAUUGGCCAGUUAAAUUUAGUGUGAUACUGAUGUAGAUUUUGUUUUGUGUAUGGAAAAAUAUCUGAAUUUCCUUAGUGUUAAGCUAUAUAUCACUGCCAAGUAAAAUAAAAAUAACUAUUAAUGCCCUAACAUGUCACAAAUACCACAAUUGUUGUGAGCCUUAUAUGACUAUUAAAAUGUUUGAAUUUCAGAUUGAUGGAUACAAAUGGUAAAGGCAUGUCUUAUUUUUGACUGUUGUUUAUUAUAAGAAAAUUAAAUGUUUCCUUGUUUAAUUAUGGUUGACCAAAAGACAUAGGUGUUAAAUUGGUUAUAGCUUGUCAAUGUCCCUGUAAAAAUCUGCUUAGCCAAAGUCAGUUUUACCUGGAAUUCGAACACAUAAUUAUUGUAAAAAAUUUAUAUAAUUUGGAAGCUUCUGGUAAGGCAUCCGUUACAAUGCUCAGCAAUUAUGGUAUUUCUCAUAUUAUAGUUCUCGGUAAUACAUAUUAAACUAUUCAAUUGGGGACAAGAAAUACUUGCUAGUGAAAUAGACAUGGGCAAGUUUUUACAUCAUGUUAGAAGUUCUCUCGUGCCUAACUUGUUGAAAUAUUAUUUUAUACAAUUUUUUCUCAGUGAUAUAUUAUGUACUAAAUAUUAUUUUAAUAUUUAUUAGAGUUUUUUUUAUAUCAUGGGUAGACAAAUUUUUGUUUGUUAUCUAAUAGCCACAUUCCAAUUUUAAUUUGUUGUUGAGUAAAUAAAAAGAUAUGUUUCUCUACAUUUUAUAUUUUCUUGCUUUAAGCCGAAUAUUGUGUGUUGCUCAAUAUAAAAGACCAAAUGUAUGUGAUUGUCUAUUAACCAAAAUUAGUGUAAGUUUGUGCUUUGUAGGUACAAUAUAUCAUAAAUAGAAUACGCACAUGUUCGCUAACAACAAAUUAAAACAUGUAUUUGUAUAAAAUUUCUGUCAUAAAAAAACAAUUUUCAUUGACUUUAAAUACAUGUUUUAAUUUGAUUUUGUUUUUUUAAUGUUACGGUACGGUAAUUAAAAUGUAAUUAAUUUGCCAUUGUUCUAUAAUUAUUUGUAAGAUUUUGUAAAAUUAAUAGUUUCAAUAUUAUUUAAAGUUUAUAUAAACUUAUAUAAGUUAGACUUAUUCGUAAUGAUUAAGUGUCUUCAUUUAUAGUAACAGGUAUAAAUAGAUUUUAAUUUAAAAUUCAAUUUUGUUGCUAAGUUGGCAAAAGUUGUGUAGGCGUCGUUUUUGCUAUUCGGUGACACCGUUCAAGCCAGAAGUUGCCAAGUUUCAAGUAUGUAUUAAAUAUAAUAAAAUGACUUUGUAGUAAGGUGUUAAAUUUGUGUAGCUUGCAACUGUCUACUGUAGUAUAAACUCAAAAAUAUUCUUCUACAUUGUAUAUGCUGUCGAUAGAAUAAAUACCUUUAUUCCAA